GCGCGCUUUGCUCCGGGGCAGCCGCUCGCUCGCUAUGAAUGCGGCCCGGGCUCUGCUCUCCGCCGUGUUCCUCGCCUGCUUCUUCUGGGGCGAUCUGCCCUGUUGCCAGCAGGCCACUAUCCCCGCCGCCGCCGCCGCGCCGCCUCCUCUCCGGGAGUCCGCCACCAAGCUCCUGCGCAGCCGCCGGGAGGGCAAAGCGCCCCGAUCGCCCCGGGACGGAGCAGCAGCAGCGCGAAAGGGACCGGUUGCCGCCGCCGCCGCCGAGGCGCCCGCGGAGCCCCACGAGUACAUGCUCUCCCUCUACCGGACCUACUCCAUCGCCGAGAAACUGGGCAUCAACGCCAGCGUCUUCCAGUCCUCCAAAGCCGCCAACACCAUCACCAGCUUCGUGGACCGGGGGCGAGACGAUCUUUCGCCCAGCGCUUUAAGGAGACAGAAGUAUUUGUUUGAUGUAUCGACCCUCUCAGACAGCGAGGAGCUGGUGGGAGCGGAGCUGCGGCUCUUUCGCAAAGCCCCUGGCGAUCAUUUCUCCAAGGCUCAGACAGGCCUGGCCCAUUUGCAGGUCUCGCCCUGCCUUUCGGGACGCCUCUUGGACUCCAGGACCCUGGACCUGCAGGAGGCGGCGUCUGCCCGGGCCGGUGGCGACUGGGAGGUGUUUGACGUGUGGCAAGCUUUGCAGCCUCAUCAGCUUUGGAAGCAGCAGCAGCAGCGGCAACUUUGCGUGGAGUUGCGCGCCGUCGGGGGGACUCGAACUCAGCCACAGCUGUUGGACCUGCGCAGUCUGGGCCUGGGGCGAGGCGCCCGGCCGCAGACGGAGAAAGCGCUGCUGGUGGUUUUCACCAAGUCGCGGCGGAAGAAUCUCUUCGCCGAGUUGCGCCAAGAGUUGGGAGCGCAGCAGCAGCCGCCGCCCCCGCCGAGCGCGCAUGCGCCCUCCCCGGAUUCGACGGCCGGCGCCCAGCUGCGCUUGCCGGGCCGCCGGAUGAGGCGCACGGCUUAUAACAGCCGCCACGGCAAGCGGCACGGCAAGAAAGCCCGGCUGCGCUGCAGCAAGAAAGCCCUGCACGUGAACUUCAAAGAGCUGGGCUGGGACGACUGGAUUAUCGCCCCGCUGGAGUACGAAGCCCACCACUGCGAGGGCGUGUGCGACUUCCCGCUGCGCUCGCACCUGGAGCCCACCAACCACGCCAUCAUCCAGACCCUCAUGAACUCCAUGGACCCGGGCUCCACGCCGCCCAGCUGCUGCGUGCCCACCAAGCUCACGCCCAUCAGCAUCCUGUACACGGACGCGGGCAAUAACGUCGUGUACAAGCAGUACGAGGAUAUGGUGGUCGAGUCCUGCGGGUGCAGGUAGCCCCGCACCUCCCCGGCUCCCCCUGGAGGGGAAAAAGCAAGCAGCGGCGGCGCCGUCGCCAGGGAACUUGAG